UCAGCCUCAGUUUAUUUAUUGUUUCUUGAUUGUAGACUCUAUUACAUAGUUCUAGAGUCGUUUUUGGGAUGUUCUUGUAUUCUUUAAAAUGAGAUAUUAGUUAUUAGGUUAUUUCAGCUGGUAUCUAGGUACCUAUAUAAAGUGUUUCCCGGAGAUUUCAUAUUCAUACUCGUUCAACAUGGGCACAUGCACGGGAGUCGUGCCUGCGCUCUGCUGCCUAGUGGCAGGUUUACUGUGGACUGGCACUGUGAUCGGCUCGCCGGAUCCGCGGAGCGACUACGAUUGGGAAAACUACUCUACUGGCUAUCCUUCAACGGAAAAAGUCGAGACAUAUCUGAGAAUCUUAAAUACCUCAGAGAAUAUAACGUUCAACGUUGGUGAUAAAAAAGCCAUCUACUGCGAAGGACGAUUUUUAUAUAACGACAUAGGAUGGUACGAUCCAUCUGGUGUAAAGAUAGAGCAGAGAUCUAAUAAAGCAGAAAGAAUCUUUGUGGAUCUGCAUGUUGGUUCCGCAGAGGACCCCACAUUAUUAGCUUUGUUAGUAAAGGAUAUGGUCGUCACUGACUCGGGAACAUACACCUGCAGGGCGGGGGAUCUAAGCGCCAGAAUUACUAUUGUUGUAAACGACUCCGCGAUUGGGCCCAAGGGGCCUUUGGUUGGGCCUUGGGUAGCUCAGCCUCAGACUGGGUCAGAUUCUGUUAUUGCGGGGCCAGGCGCAGUGGCUCCAGGCUCAUAUCCAGGUUACGGGACGUGGAAUCCGCCGAAUUCAAAUCGUACAACCUACGGCACCCCGGGAGUGCCGACUUGGCAGAAUCCACCUUUUGAAGGACCGGUGGCAGACGGCCCGGGAGUAAUAGGGCAUAAUUGGCCGAUUGGAGGACCAGGCGCAGAUGCCCCGGGAGGAUGGUAUUUUGGGCCGAUUGGCGGACAGUCCGGCGUAGGAGGCCCCGGCGGAUUGAAUAAUGGACCGAUUGGCGGACCGGCCGGCGUAGGAGGCCCCGGAGGUUGGAAUAAUGGACCAAUUGGCGGACAGCCCGGCGUAGGUGGCCCCGGAGGAUGGAAUAAUGGACCAAUUGGCGGACCGGUCGGCGUAGGAGGCCCCGGAGGAUGGAAUAAUGGACCGAUUGGCGGACCGGCCGGCGUAGGAGGCCCCGGAGGAUGGAAUAAUGGACUAAUUGGCGGACAGCCCGGCGUAGGUGGCCCCGGAGGAUGGAAUAAUGGACCAAUUGGCGGACCGGUCGGCGUAGGAGGCCCCGGAGGAUGGAAUAAUGGACCAAUUGGCGGACAGCCCGGCGUAGGAGGCCCCGGAGAAUGGAAUAAUGAACCGAUUGGCGGACUGGUCGGCGUAGGAGGCCCCGGAGGAUGGAAUAAUGGACCGAUUGGCGGACCGGUCGGCGUAGGAGGCCCUGGAGGAUGGAAUAAUGGACCAAUUGGCGGACCGGUCGGCGUAGGAGGCCCCGUUGGAUGGAAUAAUGGACCGAUUGGAGGACAGCCCGGCGUAGGUGGCCCCGGAGGAUGGAAUAAUGGACCAAUCAUAGGACCAGGCGCAGAAAGCCCAGGAACAUGGAAUAAUGGACCGACCCCCUUGGCCAAGAAGGAAGACUCAGAGAAGCUGACGGUGGGUACAUCUGGGUCCUCGAGUCCUCAAGAGGUGCACUUCGCGCUGUCGCUCGUACCGCUUCUGCACGCGCAGCUGCUGCCCGUCAGGCUCCAGAAGGAAGCUGACAUCUUGAGAGCCUUGACGCCGGUAGAACCACCAGUGUUUUACAGGCCUUUAGUACCGCCUAGCAUCUACAAGCCGGUAGUGCCACCUGGCGUCUACAAGCCGGGCGUAAUGGCAUACGACUAAUAAGGCUAACUAUGGCAAUCAUUUAUUACAAUAGGAUGUAUGUGUCCGUGGCUGAUUGUAAUAUACGCCCGAUCGUAAAGUUUUAAUUAUGCAAUAAACGUUUUGUCUCUUGUGUUACCCAUUCGUUUUAUUCAUCGUAGUUUCAUUUUGUAUUCAAUUAGCAUUAUUAAUAGUAGAUUGCACGUGUCAUAUGGAGCAGAAUAAUAUAUUUACGGACGUUGCGUACAUUAAAUCUUGAACGAAGUGUAU